AAUUCAAAUUUAAAAAAUUUUAAAAAUGGAAUCAAAUCACUUCGGAGAUUCGCAUUUCGGCGUGGAUUCGUCUGAAUAUGUCCUAGAAAAAGUUUUCCAAAAGGCAUUACAUGAUAUUUGCUUAUGAUACAAUAUAAUUGAAGAUAAGUAUUUUAUUUUUUUUCCUCUUUUUGAUCCACUUUUCUGUCCCAGAUUCUCCAUCCUCGAGCACCGCAAGAAACACGAAGAUUAUUAUAUUAAGUUGAUUAAAUUUUUAAAUAACAGUCACAAAAAAUUAUCUUCAACUGAUUGUUACGAGUCAUUCGAAGUAACGGUGGAUAAUCUGUGCUUUGUCUCGUGCUUAAUUAUUCCGUUGUCGAGCAAAUUUCGGAACGCGGAUUUCUCUUCUUGCAACGUUUCCCAUAGUGUUGCAAUGGAAUACUUCAAUAGCAUUGUUAUCAAUGUAGUUGUCGUCAUUGACAAAUGUGUGAUAGUGCAUCGUGAUAGUGAACGAUACUGUUAAUAAGUGGAUGCGUUAAAGGUCCUGCGACGGGUGUGUGUGUGGGUGGCACACGGGCUUCGGUGGUGGUUAGACGCAACAUGCGGGAAGGUACAAUAACGCAAGCCAUCACGGCGAUCUGCUGGGCCAUCGCCAGUUAGCCACUUUACCUACUCUAUAGCUCUAUUCUGUCACCGCAUGCCAAACUAGAGGACCCACCGCUCCGGAUUGACCCCUCUGCGAAAAAACAACAAAGAGGCCGCCUCCAUGCAACAUGCAGAUGAUCCUGGUUGCUGGCGGAUCGCUGCCGAAACUCAGCAGCCAGGACGAAGACGGGACGAACCCCCACACCCAAUACACAGGCGUCACACACUUCGAACCCAUACCGCACGAUCAUGAUUUCUGCGAAAGGGUCGUCAUCAACGUGAGCGGACUACGGUUUGAAACACAGCUGCGUACGCUGAACCAAUUUCCGGACACGCUGCUCGGCGAUCCGUCACGGCGGCUCCGAUACUUCGAUCCACUGCGCAACGAAUACUUUUUCGAUCGGAAUCGACCUUCCUUCGAUGCCAUACUCUACUACUAUCAGAGCGGCGGCCGUCUACGCCGCCCGGUCAACGUCCCGCUCGAUGUCUUCUCCGAAGAAAUCAAGUUCUACGAGCUGGGCGAGAUGGCUACCAACAAGUUUAGGGAGGACGAGGGCUUCAUCAAGGAGGAAGAGAAGCCGCUGCCAUCACACGAGUUUCAGAGAAAAGUCUGGCUCUUGUUCGAAUAUCCGGAAAGCUCGCAGGGUGCCCGGGUGGUCGCUAUAAUCUCUGUGUUCGUGAUCCUCCUGUCGAUCGUGAUCUUCUGCCUGGAGACGUUACCCGAGUUCAAACACUACAAGGUCUUCAACACGACGACAAAUGGCACGAAAAUUGAGGAGGACGAAGUGCCGGACAUCACGGACCCGUUCUUCCUAAUAGAGACUAUCUGUAUCAUCUGGUUCACAUUCGAGUUAACAGUGCGCUUCCUCGCCUGCCCAAAUAAAUUCAACUUCUUCCGUGACGUAAUGAACAUCAUCGAUAUCAUCGCGAUCAUUCCAUAUUUCAUCACCCUCGCCACGGUAGUGGCUGAGGAGGAGGACACGCUAAAUUUACCCAAGGCACCGGUAAGCCCGCAGGACAAAAGUACGAACCAGGCGAUGUCCUUGGCGAUACUCAGGGUGAUCAGGCUGGUCCGAGUGUUUCGGAUAUUCAAGUUAUCCAGACACAGUAAAGGCCUUCAGAUCCUCGGGCGGACUCUCAAGGCCUCCAUGAGGGAACUCGGGUUGCUCAUCUUUUUCCUUUUUAUCGGUGUGGUGCUGUUCUCGUCGACAGUCUACUUCGCGGAGGCCGGCACGCAGGACAGCUUCUUCAAAUCGAUACCGGACGCGUUUUGGUGGGCGGUGGUCACAAUGACGACCGUGGGCUACGGCGACAUGAGGCCCGUCGGGGUUUGGGGAAAAAUUGUGGGCUCGUUGUGUGCAAUCGCCGGUGUUUUGACGAUUGCUCUACCCGUUCCCGUAAUUGUCUCCAAUUUCAACUACUUUUAUCAUCGUGAGACUGACCAGGAGGAGAUGCAAUCACAGAAUUUCAAUCAUGUUACUAGUUGUCCGUAUCUUCCUGGCACCUUAGGUAUGAAGAAGAUCUCGAUGUCAGAAUCUUCGUCGGAUAUGAUGGAAUUAGAAGAAGGCACCUUAUUCUCUCAUCAGGAGAUUACAAAGAAGUCAAAUUGCAACCCUCGCCACAAUAAUAAUAUCAAUCCAGCUUGCAUGAGUAUCGAGACUGACGUCUGACUACUAGUGAAGGAGACGGUGGCAGCGUGGUGGCCGUUAUUGAGCCAAUUGUCAAAGGGAUGCAUCUGCAUUUCCCUGCGGUGCCUGACGUAGGCCUCCUUCACCCGUCAUCAUAGUCGUAAGCGGCUGGCAUCACUCGCUAGCCUGUCCAGGUCCAUCAUUGCGAGGGGCGUCUCAGGUCAAAAAAUACGCGAAGGAUCCAGGAUUAUGAUCCUUCGGAGAGCCGAUCUGGCAGCUUUUUCCAUCUGAGACGUUAGAAAAACAGAAGAGAGUGAGGUGGAUUCAAGGGUGUGUGAAGAGCUAGAGAUGGGGAUGAAUCUAACCCGUUUCCGACACAUCAUCACCUUUCCCACCUUCUCAACGAGCUUGCGCCCCGCGUAAGGACCCACGUGCGAACGAAGGGGACGGGAUAUUCCUCGUCCGCGUGCGAGCGUGCACGCGUGCGGCCCAACCCCCGACACCACCGACUCCAGUGUUCAAAACAAAAAAAAAAUAAAGAUGUAACAAAUGAUACCAAAGAAACAUCUUGGCGUUUUCGUAUAAGCGCUGUCGAGUGUCCCCCCGUCUUUACGGGCUCCUCCGCCUUUCAAAAUACCAAACAGAUGAAAUAAAGAAGGGGGAGCCGGUGAAACGGAAGCAACAAAUGGGGAUUGUACCAGAUAAUACUAUAUUAAUUAUUAUUAAUAUAAAUUAAUUGAUUACCGUACAUAUAGAGUGAGGGUAAGUUAACAAAGUACGUUUCAUGAUUAUCACAAAUGCGAAAACGUUUAGAAAAUGCUGCUUGCGGAGAUGAAAAAGGGAAAGCGACAAGAAAGCUUGUAAAAGAUGCAUUAAGAAUAUAGAACUGAAUGAUGAUGACUACAGAGAUAAAGAGAAAGAGAGAGAAAGAGAGAGAGAGAGAGAGACAAAA